AUUAAAAUCUCCAAAACAGGUCCUUUCCCAAACAUAGAUCUUAAAACGAAGUUUCUGAGCUUCUUGGGGAAGGGAGAUCAGGGUCAUCAACAAUACACAAGUUUCUUCCACUUUCCUAUUCAACGCGUCGCGCGAAAUGGCAAGCCUCUAUGGAGGGCCUUCUAGGAAAGAGAAACCUAGAGCGAGACAUCAUGGGUUAAAUCAGCAAAAGAGGCAAGAGAUUAAGGAAGCCUUCGAGUUGUUCGACACUGAUGGCUCAGGCACUAUUGAUGCCAAAGAGUUGAAUGUUGCCAUGAGGGCUCUUGGAUUCGAGAUGACAGAAGAGCAAAUUAACCAAAUGAUUGCAGAUGUUGACAAGGACGGAAGUGGUGCCAUUGAUUUUGAUGAGUUUGCUCACAUGAUGACAGCCAAAAUCGGGGAACGGGACACAAAGGAGGAACUCAUGAAAGCAUUCCAUAUCCUUGACCAAGAUAACAAUGGCAAGAUAUCUACUUUAGACAUUAAGAAGAUUGCAAAAGAGCUGGGUGAGAAUUUCACUGAUAGAGAUAUUCAAGAGAUGGUCGAGGAAGCAGACCGAGACCGUGAUGGAGAAGUCAGUGCUGAGGAGUUCAUCAGGAUGAUGAAGAGAACAACAUAUGGCUAUUAGAAGAGUCUAAGUAGCUUUCACCCUUCUGCUUGGUGUUGAGAGCCUGAUCCCAUCCAUAUAUAUGUGUUGUAUUUAUAGCAAAAAAUGACCGAUAGUCUCAGACACAUGCUGUUUCAGACAUUUUAUCUGUACAAUUAUGAUCUCAGACAUGAUGCUUUAGAGCUCGUUUUCCCCAACGCUGUAGGAUAUUUGGAAUAUAGCUCCCAUCUUUGAUA